AUGGCUUUGCGCCCGCAGAAUUUGGGCGGGCCAGCGAACUCCGCCGCGACGAACUGCCGCAAGCUCCUGCGGAAGUGCUUGGAGCUUGGCCACCCGUCGACGGAGAUGCACAGGAACCGGGCAUGGCUGGCGGUCUGGCCGGCUGCCGGCUUGUCGUUGCGUGUCGCGCCGCCCGUCGCACCGCCGCCCUGUCGGGCCUGGCUCGCGGUCCGGCCGGCCGAGGAGGAGGCCCGGGCGGAGGCCCAGCUGCGCGCGGAGUGGGCGGCGCGCGAGGCGCGGGAGGCCGCGGCGCAGCAGGGCAGCGUGGCCGUGCAGACCGGCACAGAGGCGAGGCCACGAUCCCUGCUGCGGGCGGGUGGUGCGCGCGAUGACAGCAAGGCUGCCCUCGUGUGCCGCGGCGUCGAGGCGACGCCGGUCGCCGAGGCAGCGCCGCGCGUACCGCCGUUGGCCCUGAGCCAAAUUGCCGGUGCCCCGCUGGUGGCAGCGACGGUGGUGCCGCAGUGCGAUGCGCAGGGAGGCCAAGACGCGCCGGCCGCGGCCCCGCGCAGCGGACGCGGCGCCGCCCAGGCGCCGCCGUGGAGCACGCCCGAGUCGGCGCGGCGGCGGCAGCAGCACUCGCUGCAGCAGCGCGAGGACAAGGGCUGCAUGUUCUCGCCGGGGCGGCCGGAGUGCAUGGGCCGCAGCGGCUCGCAGCAGUGCAGCCAGCAGUGA